AUGGACAAAUUUAAGGAAGCCCUAACAGAAAAGACGCCAACAAAGAAUAGAAAUGUUCCAGUUGUGGGAGCACGCUAUGAUCUAAAACGCUUUCCAUGCAACAAGAAUACUUACAAACUAGACCUACAGUGUACAUCUAACAAAGCUGAAGAUGAAAACAAUAAUAUUAUAUAUGACGUAGGAUACGAGGAUAACAACCAAUAUGAUCGAUAUGUGCCCAUAAAAUAUACCACUUCCCAACAACGGUCCAAAUUAAAAUUACAAAGUUCUUUGCUACAAAUCCUUCAGCAAGAAAUACCAAAUAUUAGAAAAGUUCCUAUAGAAUGUACUGAUUGUAAAAUUCCCCACUGUUUUGAUUGUAGUCGUAAUCCUUCAAUGUGUAGUAACAAAACACUACGCUCAGUUAUAGAAAAUGUGAAAGACCUAGCGAUACCACAAAAGCCAACAGCAAAUUUAACUCGAAAAGCUGAAUUAGAGCACGAGAGAGCAACUAAAUGGGAGAGUUACAUUGGAUAUAUAAAAGCAAGAAAGUGUGAUUGUUCUAAAAUGAGCAAGAAGCAACUAUUCGAGCAUUUACCUGCUUACAUGAGAAAAACUUCUAAUUACGAUGCACCUGAGCUACCAAACUUUGAAAUCUGCCCUGUUAUGACACUAAAAAGAUUAGUGGAAAACGUAAAAGGUCAUAAAGAAUUUGUUCAUACUUCGCCUGAAGUAUUGUCUGGGAAAAAAGAGAAAGCUACUCAGUAUUCCAAUCAUGAAUUAGAAUGUUCAUGUAGUCAUUUUUAUAAUGGAAAUAAAUACCAAUGCUUUAAAAAUAAUGAAGCAGUAGAUUUAAGGAAUAUCAAGAAUUCAUUAGUGAACUGUUCGAUAUCUGGGGAAUACAUUGCAGAAGAUAUCAGUACUUUUGCUAAGCAUCGAGCAAUGUCUUUGAGACGCUUUAUAGAGGAAGCACCCGACGUUAAAGAAAUUUUCGAAAGAAAAUAA